CUAUUCGAUUCAGCCUAGGUUCUCUGCACCUUCUGCACUUUUUCACGGUGCGCUGCACCUCGGUCCUCGAUUCCCGAAGGUACAGCGGCGCCCCCUGCACCACCGUCCUCGAUUGUGGCGGGUGCAGGUAAGGUGCUGCCACGGUGCCGCGAACCCUUGAACCUCCCAGCGCGAGGGUGCAGCAUUUUGGGUGCAGCCACGCAACCCGCUCCCCGCACAUGCUUUGCAGACAGCAGACGACAACGCGACCAGCAGACGAUAUGCCGGUGGUCGCGGACAUCGACGGUGUACAGACCGAAAUUUUUCCCAUCGUGGACGAGUUUGGAGUCAUCGUCUUUGACGGCGAAGCCGAACUCUACACUACCGCAGAUGGGAGACAACUGCGGGUAGUUUGUGCGUCGGGUCGUCUUGCCAAUGCUGACCCGACAAACGAGCAUGCCAUGCAGGCUAUGCCUACAACGCAGCCAACACCGCCAAACCAUGCUGAGCCGACGACGCAGGCGUCCGCUGCUGCAGCUGCUGCGCUUUCUCCGGGUCGUGCGCGUCGCGACGACUCGGAAGAAGCUCUAUGGAGCGGUCGGAGGACCCGAUUUUUGAUUGAAAAAUAUAAGGAGAAUUUCAGAAACAUUGGCAAAAAGGGAGGACUGAGGAACAAAAAGCAGCUGUUCCUAUACUUGACGGAUGCCCUGAAUGAGGAGUUCGAGUGCUCUUUGAGUGUGCUCCAAGUGACAAAUAAGUGGAAGUCACUUGAAAGGGCUUACAAAAGAGCACGAGAAAACAAUCGGAAGUCCGGCAGCGGAACUGUGGAGUGUAGGUUUGAAGAAGAGAUGGCAGACAUCAUGGACAAGCAACACCAUGUUAACCCAAUCGUGACCUACACACAGGGGCGCAAAAUGGUCCGAGAGGACAAGGAAACGCAAGUUUGGUCACCAAAGAGAGGCAAAAGCGCCACUACUAUACAAUAUAUUUUUCACAGAGAACCAGAGGCUCAAGUGCAAGCUGCAGCCCCAGCCAGCCAGGAGUCUAGUGCUGAGGAAACAGCAGAAGUGCAAAAGCGUAAGGCGAAAGAUCCGCCUUUGGUGCAGCUUCUGCAGAAGCUCGAAGAGAUUGAAAAAAACAGGGCUGCUCGACACACAGAGAAAAUGGCGCUGCUGGAACGUUUUGUGACAGCAUAUGAAGCAAAAAAAUAAACUUCUUGUUCUCAUGAA